UUCGUUAAACGUUCCACGAUGGAUCCGCGAACGUUCAUUUUCGUUGUGAUUUUCGUCGGUUUCGGCAUAUUCAUCAACAUCGUUAUCACCAAUCCAAUCGCAAUACCUGAAGAAAUUUCAUCCGACAUAAUAAAAAUUCUCCUGGAUUGCAAGCAUUCGAACAAUGAAACGUACAUGGCGUGCUAUAAAAGAGAGAAGCGGAACUUGUAUUCUCAUAAUAUAGAUCAUAGCUGCAUGAAGCCAUGUAUAGAGGAUUGUAGAAGGAGGACCAGACAAGUGCCCCUAGUCUGUGAAAAUAAUUGUAAACAUUGUUUAAAAAAAGUAACGCAUCGUCAAAUUAAUAUUACUGAUACCGAAAUUGAAAUACCAUGUAAUCACGAGAAUUGUACUAAGGUUAAACCUGAGCAAAAUAAACCAGUGACAGUCAAUUAUACUACUCAUAUCCACAUUCAUAAUCACCUCAACACCAGUUCUGCAUUGCCUGAUAAACCACAAUGUCCAUGCUAUUUUGUUACUUGGCAGCCAUGCUACUGUCGCCCCACAUAUCAAAUAUGCCAAUAUCAGACUCAAUGGCCCUGCGUACCAUACGGUGGAAUGCAACAAAUAAUAGAACCGAUUCGGCUUGCUCCUAUUCAGAUGGUGCCAGUCAUCACGGGAGGAUCAUACCUAAAUUGUGUAUCCAAUAUUUGUAAUCCUGCUAUAAGAAACUGACAUAUAUUCGUAGAUUUAUAGAACCUAAUAUAUAUAUCUAUCAACGAAAAUAAAAGCAAGUUAAAUAAAACUGAUUAAAACAAACCUA